AUGCCAUCAGCGAAUGUAAACAAUAUGGAGGCUAGAGCAGGUGGUUUAGUGUCAGAAUCUCAACAUGUGGACAGGGAGUGCUAGUCUGAGAGCCCCUUGGCAUUUUGGGGUUCUCACUGUGUAUAUACAUGAUAUGCAGAAGACCAGAGUUGGGAAUCAUCUUAGAUGGUGGAUUUGGAUGGGAUUUAAGAGUCUAAAAGUGGGGAGGUCAGAGUGGGAGUAAAGACUGAUUUUAAAGCUGGUCAUGUACCCAUAGAUGUUCUAAGUAAAGAACGACCAUUUUGUGACUUGUUCCCGGCUUUCUUUAUGUAUGCUUAUUUUAUAAAUUAACUUCUUAUGUGAAUGUUUCUCUCUUUCUCUGCUUGAAGGUUAUAAAUUAAUUCCCCUCCCCGAGUAAGGAGUAAAAGAAAAUCAUUAUUUUUCCUGUAGCCUUCUUUACUCAGGCAUCAAACGGCCAGCCCUUGCUCUUCCCUUUAUCUCUUGCCAAGUGUAGACUAAAGGCCAGAGCGUAAUACACAGGCUUGAGCAUCGUAAUUCAUUGCAAGUCAUCUGAAAUGAGACGUACAGCUUAAACUGUUCCUUUCUGCCUCCAGGUGACAUAUGGAUCAUUUGAUUACACUUCAUUGCUGUACCUGUCGGACUACUCCAGAGACUUUGAGGGCGGGAGAUUUGUAUUCAUAGAUGCAGGAUCAAACAGCACUGUGGAGCCCAAGGCUGGUGAGUAAUCAGAAGUGAUGUUCAUGCAUGCAGAUGACUAUGUUAAAAGUGAGGUUCAGUCAGCAGGAAGUAUUGAGGUGAAAUCAGACGCCUUCCACCAAUAUUCUAGGUUUUUCCGUGGGUUCGAAUAAAGGCUUCUAUUUCAAAGAGAAUCUUUGGCCUAUACAGAGAAGCACAGCACCAGGUUUUUCUCCAGUUGUAACAGAUGACAAAACUCAGUAGUGUUUUAGUUUGUGAAGGAUCGAAGCAUACUAUUUCUUGUGCUGUUAGGAAUACCUCAGGCAAAAUGAAACCUGGAUUUUAAAGGGGAACUAUCACUUCUUUGGAAUGUACAGAAUUGAAUAAAACAUAGAAAAUAUAAGAUGUAUGGAACAGAAACUAUUCCUUUUCCUGUCCGUGCAUUUUCUAGAAAGCAGCCGUGAUGCUAGCAUGUAACUUUGUAAAUGCAUGGCUUUAAAUUCCAACUCUGGGGUGAAUUUCUUCUACUCGCCAUGCUAAAUAGCUUGGGCCAAACAUUGAGCCGUGUGUGUGUGUAUAUAUAAUAUAUAUAUAUAUAGUCCUCAUGCUGAUGAUUUGCAUUAACAUUGAAACAGCUGUCCAUGAGUGGUUUACUGGCUUUGCAUCAUUUCCUAAGUUGUUUCAAAACUGUUAUAUACAGCAAACACAGACUCAAAGAAAUCCAUGUUUAAAAUGGAAUGAGGCAAAAAUUGAUUCUUUGUUAAAAUAAUUUGCAUAUGACCAGAAUCCUUUGCAGUAGUAACAUCACUGCAGAUUUGUGAUUUCUGUGGGAAAAGCAAGUCUUAUGGCUUGACUGGUGUGCAGAUUUUUGUUUAACAUUGUAUUCACUAUCCACAGACUUCAGGUGGAAGGGGUUUUCAAUCAAACUUUCCCCCCCACUAUAACCUAUAUAUAUAGUCCAGUAGAUAAGAUGCCAAAAUAUGUGUGUGUGUGUGUGUGUGUGUGUAGCACAUUUUAUUUGUUUUGUGUGCUGGUUCCAGAAAUACUCAAACAUAGGUAUUGAGAAAGAAUAAUUUAUUUUGGUUAGUUGGCAGUUCCAACCCUUUGAUCCUCUUCCUGCCUGGGUUAAAGAAAUUAUUAUUUUCUGUGGUGUCAAUAUAUGGAAACUAGAUCGUGUCCAUAAUGGUGUGUUCCUCUUCCAUAUUCCCUGCCACUUGGCAAUGAAUGUUUUGACGUGUGAUCAGACGGCACCUGGCACAUGCAGUGAGUCGUGCUUUCCUUCCUCUGCACUGUUCAAUACUUUGACUGCUCACGAGCAGAUUCAGUUGUCAUUUCAAAAAAGCAAAAAGUCCUGCAGAUUCCGAAGCUUCUCUUUUGUCUGGAACAGGAAGUCCUAAAGCAGCCUUUACUGCCAUGUGUCUGCUUUGGAGUUUUGAUAAGUUUGAUCUCUAACAUUAUAUGCACAAACAUCUUGAAAAACAGUCCUUUGGUUCUGCAUUGGAGUGCGUGAGACUUUAUCACCCGCUAGAUCUAGGAUUUUCUGUAAGAAUUUCAGCAAACAAGUGCAUGGAACAUCCCCUUUACUUUGAACUUUCUUUUAAGGCCAUGCUGCCCAUUUAACAGAUUUAUUUAUUUAAUAUUCAAGUUGCCAUCAGUAUGAUGUAAUGAUAGCUAUGGGGUUCUGAAGCUCAGGCGUUUAAUAUUGGAAACUCCAGUGUUGCAUGUUAAGUAAUCACUGGGGUGAAGCAUUCGACCCACAAAUACAUUAUGUCUCAUUUUCCCAAACAAUGGCCCGAUCCUUCCCUCCAGCAUCCCCUUUCUCACACUAAUUAUUGGCUCUAGAUUAAAUCAAUUAGAAGCCUGUCGGAAGAGAUGAGGUGAGUUAACCACUGCACCAGCGUUUACUUUGACUGCUGAGCUGCGGCAAAGUAGCUAGAAGCCGAAUGCAUAUUGUAAAGAGCUCUUCUGAGAAAGACACGUCAUGAUCUAUUACCUACACCUACCCGUGUGAAGUGUUCCAGCUUUUUACAACAUCCAUUUAACAACUAGUGCGGGGAUUACAGGCAAAACCUGCUCCAUAUCACAAACCUUGAAAUUAUUGCAAAACAAGAGCCACUUUGCUUUUCUACUACAGUACAAAUCCAGAUGCGUGCUCUGUUUAUUUAAUAUAUUCAUUUUAUGUUUCCAGAUCAGAUUGUGUAUCUUUUCAGCACAGCUCAUGAUCCAUGCAACCACUAUCAUCUGAUCAGUCAUUUUCUCCAGGUUUGAGAUAUGUCUACGCUCCAAACACUUUACUGAUCGUUGUAGGGGUUUUAGGUCUUUGCUUAGACAAGCAAGUUGGAGGUGAAACACCUAUAGCUGAGUGAGCUUGGAGAUAAUUCAGUAAGGACGGUUUAUGCUGAUGCAUGUUGACACAAUUUCUACUACCUGCCCUGAUCUAAUCUUCUAUGGUGCCUGCUCUGACCCGAUAUGCUCCUCUUGCCCUGACCUAAUCUCUUCUUCCUGCCCUAACCUAAUAUAUACUGCUGUCCUUGAACUAAUAUAUGCUGUCUUCCCAUAUUUACAGCGACACUGUUAUUAUUUUCCUUUAUUCUAUGCUAUAUUGUUAUAGUAUAGUCUUUCUGGAGAGCCAGCUGAAGGUUGUGAUGAUUUCACAUGGUUAAUACAGAAAAAAAUAUUUUUCACAAAAACCUCCUACUGUUCCUUAAUCUUUCAGUACAAUUCUGUGUUAAUUUCUCAUUCCUGGGGUGCAGGAGAACCUGCGCUAUAAUAUGGGGCUCUUCAACAGCAGAUGAUCGCUUCAGGGAUAAGCGAUGGAGGAAAAACAUCAAACUGAGAGCAGAACAUAAACUCAGCAUGGGCUGCAGCCAGGAGAUGCGCGCAGCAAUUACUUACUAGGCAUAGAGGAAAGCUUAAUUGCACAACUCCCAACGCAUAUUUCUUUUUAAUUUUCCUGCAGCAGAUUUGAAGGAUGGAGCGAGAUGGAACAGACACAAAUACUUUAUGGGUUUCAAACCUCCCUCUGUAAUUUCACAUUUAAAGUGUAGAAUCGUUUCCCUUCUUUUUACACACAUAGGGUAGAAUGCACAAUACAAUAAAUAGAAAUGUCUAAUUCAGGCAUUCUGAAAUUCACAAGUUCACCCCCAGAAAUGAAACUGGGGAGAAUUUCCUACGAAAGAUAUUUGUACAUUCUAACAGCAACUACUUAUUUAUUUAUAAUUCUAGAUUAGAUAGAUUCUAAUCGAAAUCCCCUAAAGUAUAGAAUAUCACUUAUUAAAUUGGAUGAUUAAAGGGACUCUAUAGGCACCCAGACCACUUCAGCUCAUUUAUGUGGUCUGGGUGCAGUGUCCCUUAUUGCCUAUUGCCAGAGAAACUGCAAUGUUUACAUUGCAGCACUAAGUCUGCCUCCAGUGACUGUCUACCAGACAGCCACUGGAGGCGCUUAAUGGAUGUAAACAGACUUUUGGGCGUCAGCUAUUUCCCCAUAGGAAAGCAUUGGUUCUGUGCUCUCCUAUGAGGAGAGCCUAAUGCGCGACCAGCACUCACUGCGCAUGCGCAUUAGCACCUGCUCGUCUGGAGAUGUCGAAGGAGGCAGAGCAGCGACCCAGCGCCAAGGGACAUCAACGUUGGGAUCAGGUAAGUAAAUAAAGGGUUUAGAAGAAUACAUACAGCUUUGUAUUCCUGACACUAUAGUAUCCCUUUAAUAUGGACUUAAAAAGAAGACACUUUGGAUGGUGAUCAAGCACUAUAAUUUUUUCAGUUUGAUUUAUUUUAUAAUUGUCCAUCUGAGGAAAUAGAAUACUUUGUUCUAGACAGACAUACGUUAUUGUGUCGGCACUGCACAUCUUCUGUUUUUGUUUUCAGUUUAUUUGAAGAACUUGCUUUAUUGUCCUGGAGAUUGAAUCGAUACCAGCUGAAUUGCAGCAAAUAUAUUCUUUUUUUUUUUUAUGUUGAGCACACUUUUUAUACUUGCUAGUUCUAGUUAAUUGCUCUAGUGCUUAACAACAAAAGUCCCAUCAAAAGUUCAAUUAUUUAAAAUCUUGUUCAGCUAAAAUUGUUUUCAAAUUAUAUUGACCUACAACUAUACACAUCAAACCAAAAUUUAUAAUUAAUCUUUCCAGUAAUAAUAAUUAAAUCAAUAUCUUGUUACCCUUAGGAAGACCUCAUCACCGUCCUCAGGCAAUUCUAUUAAUGCUCUGGGGAUUAUUGGAAGAGCAGUAUGCAAAACAUUGGAGUGUUAUAGUGUAUAGAAAGGUGCAUAGCGUAGUUUAUUAAGGCUUAACCCCUUAAGGACACAUGACAUGUGUGACAUGUCAUGAUUCCCUUUUAUUCCAGAAGUUUGGUCCUUAAGGGGUUAAAGGGAAUCUGUAGUGCCAGGACAAAACAAACUUGUUUUCCUGGCACUAUAGCUCCCUCCCCCCAACCCCCUCGUGGUGCAGAAGGGGUUAAAGAAAACCUCUUGUCACUUACCUGGGUCCAGCGCCAAAGUCCGUUGGCGCUGGCUCUGGUCCGCCUUUGGUCCUCUGACAUCAACGGGGGAGACCUAAUGUGCAUGCCCACCACUGGCCACGUUCGCAUUAUGAUUUCUACCCAAGGAAAGAGUUAUACAAUGCUUUCCUAUAGAGAUUCGAGUGACGUUUGAAGACCAUUCAUAGCUCAAGGAUGUCCAGCGUCAGGCGAGCAAAAGUCACCUAACAGCCCGGAAGUCGCUCUAGUGGCUGGUAGACAGCCACUAGAGGUGGAGUUAACCCUUGUAAAGUAAUUAUUACAGUUCUUAAAAACUGCAAUAACUAGCUUUGCAGGGUUAAGGGACCUUUGACAGUGUAUUUUAUUGCUCCUAUUUACAAUAUUGUAGAGCUGUUUUUACAAGCACUGGUACAUUACAUUAUUUAUUUUGUUUGCACAUUUUUGGAGGAGUAUGUCUUUCUGCUACAGUUGCAAUUUUUUAGGUCUAAACCCAACCAUGUUAGAGACAGGAAUUACUACUUCAUUGAGAGCCCUUUCCUUUAUAUUAUAUGUUGCAUUAUCUGUUACCUUGACAGUAUGUCAUGCGUAGACUAGUUCAAGAUUGUUGCCAUGAAUGGUAACAUUGUUGCCUAUGAAUAGCGUAGGAAGUAGCUGCUGUUACAGAAACAGAAUGAGCUGUUACAUAGAGAUCAAUAAACCUUUUACGGAGUAAACCUAUUUCUAUUAUUUAACAGACCACCAGACUAAAUAAAUACCUCCAUUAAAGGGAUAAAUGCUCAUGGGUUCAAUUUAACAAAAUAAACCCAUUAUACAUAUACAAUACCUAGACGGCUUUACUUCGCCAGCAGAAUUGUGUGCAAGGGCAUACCUAGGGCAUUUGGCAACCGGGGUGGGUCCUGGGUUUGACACCCCCCUUUCACCCCUUUUUAAAAUGUUAAAAUAAUCAACCCACAAUUUUUUUUAAAUGUUUUCAAGAAUAUUUUAUUGUACAAAUUUGUAAAUUAUAGAUCAACUUGAAAACACUAGAACUAUGAAAAAUAAAUUAUUAACUUAGAAAAAAUUUUUGUCCAACUCCCAUUACACAAAACACCUGCCCUGACCCAUUAUACAACCCCCUGCACCCAUGUCCACAAAUCCUCUGCCCCCCUUCCACAAAAAACCUGGCCCCUCAUACAAAACCCCUGCCCUUCCCAAUCCUACAAAAAUCCUGUCCUGCCUCCUUAUACAAAACCCCUGCACCUCCCCUUUACAAAAACCUACACUGCCCUUCACAUAAAAACCCUGCACCCCCUUCCAUAAAAUUCAUACAGCCCCUUCACAUAAAAGCAUUGCAUGCCCCCUACACAUAAAAUCCCUGCACCCCUCCCCCUUCACAUAAAAACCCUGCACCCCGGCUCCUUUACGUAAAGUUAAUACACCCCCUUCACAUCAAAUUCUUACCCACUACUUCACAUAAAGUUAAUAACCCCCCUUCACAUAAAGUUAAUAACCCCCCUUUCACAUAAAGUUAAUACACCCCUUUACAUAAAAUCCAUACCCCCCGUACCUUCACAUAAAGUUAAUACACCCCACCCCUUCACAUAAAAUCCAUACCCCCCCUCCUUCACAUAAAGUUAAUAAACCCCACCCCUUCACAUAAAAUCCAUACCCCCCUCCUUCACAUAAAGUUAAUACACCCCACCCCUUCACAUAAAAUCCAUACCCUCCUCCUUCACAUAAAGUUAGUACACCCCACCCCUUCACAUAAAAUCCAUACCCCCCUCUUUCACAUAAAGUUAAUAAACCCCACCCCUUCACAUAAAAUCCAUACCCCCCUCCUUCACAUAAAGUUAAUACACCCCUUCACAUAAAAUCCUUCACAUAAAGUUAAUACACCCCACCCCUUCACAUAAAAUCCAUACCUCCCUCCUUCACCUAAAAUCCAAACCUCCCUCCUUCACAUAAAAUCCAUACCCCCCUCCUUCACAUAAAGUUAAUACACCCCACCCCUUCACAUAAAAUCCAUACCCCCCGUACCUUCACAUAAGUUAAUACACCCCGCUCCUUCACAUAAAUCCAUACCCCCUCCUUCACAUAAAGUUAAUACACCCCACCCCUUCACAUAAAAUCCAUAACCCCCUCCUUCACAUAAAGUUAAUACACCCCACCCCUUCACAUAAAAUCCAUACUCCCCCGUACCUUCACAUAAAGUAAAUACACCCCUCCCCUUCACAUAAAAUCCAUAACCCCCCUCCUUCACAUAAAGUUAAUACACUCCACCCCUUUACAUAAAAUCCAUACCCCCCCUUCACAUAAAGUUAAUACACCCACCCCUUUACGCAAAUCCAUACCUUCCUCCUUCACAUAAAAUCCAUACCCCCCCGUACCUUCACAUAACGUUAAUACACCCCUUCACAUAAAAUCCAUACCUCCCUCCUUCACAUAAAAUCCAUACCCCCCCGUACCUUCACAUAAAGUUAAUACACCCCACCCCUUCACAUAAAAUCCAUACCCCCCGUACCUUCACAUAAAAUCCAUACUUCACAUGAAGUUAAUACACCUCUUGACAUAAAAUCCAUACACCCCCUUCAAAUACAGUUAAUACACCCCUUACCCCAUCACAUAAAAAUCAUACCCCCUCCUCCACAUAAAUAUCCUCUACUCAUGAUUGAGGAUGACUUGCUCCGGCCUCAGGCAAAGAUCACUACUGCCACCACGGUGCCGCCCUGAAGUCAGCUCGGAUCCUUCUGCUGCUGUAGAUCCGUGAAGGUGGACAGGCAGUGGCGCACAUCUUCGUGAUGUUUCGCGACUCUGCGCGUCUCAACAUUCCUCUUCCCCCUACUCAUCCACAUUACUGCAGCAUAGUGCACUCCGACAGCUGCAGCCCGCACUAUGAAUGUAUGGGGGGUGACUCAUGACACUAACAGUCAUGGCACCCCCUACUGAGUGGCACCUCCAAUGGAGACAUCACUGCUGUAGUCUGCUGGCCGGGAAAGGGCAGGUAAAGGUAAGUUUACUUACCUGAACAUGUCCCUUGUGGGCGUCAUCAUCUUAAUUCAGCUGAGUCCUCUUUGGCACCGACACUACUUUACUUUACUUUUGCACAUGUGUGAUAAUGCAUUGAGGUCUAUUGGGGAUCCCGCAGGAUCUUUCAGACACAGUCAAUUCCCUGCAGCCAUCACUGACGUCUUCAAGGAUUGACUCUAAGACAACACCUUGUGUCAAAGAAAGUCAGGUGGAGGAGAAAUACAGAGACAAAGUAGAGGGUUGAGAGUUUUACAUAUUCAAACACAUAUGCAUGUACAGCUGGAAUGUAUGAUACAAUAAUGCCAUAAGAAGUUAUUUGCCAUUGUGGCAUGGGUCGAUAUCAGAGUUUAGCUCCUGUCCCAGCUGUCAGGUGAUACUAUCGGUGUGGUGGUGUUCAGUGGGCACACUAGGUAAGACAUGAGGAUAGUAUAGGUACUCAUCUGUCAACCCAGUAUUGUACAGUGGUCUCCAUGUAUGAGCACGGCUGUCAACACUUCUGAGAGUGUGUGGUUAUGGAUUCAUGGCCUUGGUGACCUCAUUCCAUCUAUUCCAGGCUAUUCUCCAAAUUUUGUUCUUUUGGUUGGCUGCUAGUCUUGCUGCACAUUCCAAGGUUUUGUUUUGGUCCACUAAAUGGAUACAUUUUUGUAUAGUCAGAGAGUCUGUACUCCUCCAUUUCCUACUAAUGAGCGUCCGCGCUGCUAUGUUAAUUUUGUAAGUAAGAUAAAUCAUAGCUUCCACGAGCCCUGAGGGGUAAUUUUGUAGCAGGUAAUUUUCUGGAGUAUACGGAAUGGUCAACCCUGUCAUGGAUUUUAUGAGUUGUGCAAUGUUUUGCCAGUAUUUUGAGUCACAGGCAAGCGCACCAAAUGUGUAGCAUAUCCCCUAUUCCUUCAUUGACACCUCUAACACCUGUUAGUCACACUGGGGGUCACGCGUUUGUACUAUCUGUAUAUCAGUUUCUUAGACAGCUCUAAGUGGGUUGAGCAGAGGGUUAGUUUUUUUUUUGUAGAGUCAGGUAGGUGCCUCGGGCGUGGGGUCCGGUGUACGCGAUCAACAAGCAAUAUGUUGGCGGGAAUCUCCGGAGCAUAUGCAUGCAGAAGGCCUCUGACUAUAGUUCUGCCAGGAGAAUAGUCUCAGGCACCCCCUAAGACGGAGGUUGUUGCACCUCACCCGGUCCUCCAAAUCUGCUAGUUUAUCUUUGGUGCAUUCCAGCUUGGACUCUUAACAUUCCACAUGGCUUGCCAAAUCAUUAUGCACUGUGGUGAAUUUGUCCAUUUUGGACUCUGCUCGAGCUGUGCGUUUGCUGAGCUCUUGUACAUCCCUGUGCAGGGAGUCCAUGGAGUUCUGCCAUGAGGCAAUUAAUUUGUGUGAAAGGCUGUUGAGUGCCUUGGUAAGGUAACUUGUAGUGAGUUUCCUUGCUGUCUCAGAUGCCUCCGUAUCUUGCUGCGGGCUAUCUCUCUCUAAGCUGUCCUCGCCAUCUUUGUCUGAGGCCUGCCGGCUGGUAGACUCCAUUUGUGGUUUGUGUGUGAAGAAAUUCAGUUUUUCUGCUUUGGAAGCAUUCUUCUUGGACAUCUUGACUUUGGUGCAUCUUGACUUUGGUGCAGGUUUCCGCGGUCUGUACGCUGGGAUUGCGAGAGCUCAUGUGCCAGGGCUGUGGAUUAUGCUUCCAUCUUGCUCGGCAGCUAGCCAGGCCCAGAAACAAAAGUGAUUUAACUCCUAAAUAGCAGAGAAUUGAGACAUGAAAUACACAAAACAGCUUCUUUUGAUGCCUAUAGUGUCCCUUUAACGAAGAGCUCUCUCCUUAUGGAGAAUACAAGCAUGGAGUCAGUAAUUGCUCAAAACCACUGUGCAAAACCCAUUUCUUAUAUUGACCAUUUCACUUUAUGAUGCAUCGUGCAGUGACAUAUACCUGGAGAUAUGUGCCUUUGUAGGGCAGGAUUUUUCUCUAAAAACUCAAAAAACAUGCUUGGGAUUCUGCUAAUAUAGAGAGCGCCAAUUCAAUGUAGAUGUAAACAUUAUUAAUCUAAACAUAAAAAACUGUAUUUAUAUUAUAUGUUUGUACAGUGCUGAGAAAACUAUUCGUGAUCUAUUAAUAGCAAUGUAAACACUGUCUAGUGGUCCUCUUAAUCUUAAUAAUUUAAGUAAACCACUUGUUCUGAACUCUAAAGAUUUAUUUUCCAAAUAAAUGGAUGAUUCGUAGAUAAAUUUCCUCUGGGUCUUCAACGAUGUGGUUUGUUACUUAAAAUGAGACAGACUGGUGUUCCAUGUUGCUAAUGUCCAUCUUUUAUCUAUGUAUCAUAGAGCUUGGCGUUUCAUGACAUGUGAAUGAAUUAUUAAAUGUGAGGCUGGGUUAUUGUAAGGAGGUAACUGUGUAGCUGCAUGGAUCCCAUUUUGAACAGUACAUUUUCUAUCUUAACCUGUCAAUUAACAUCUCUCUUGCAGGACGCCUAUCCUUCUUCACUUCUGGAUCAGAAAAUCUCCAUCAGGUGGAAAAAGUGCGUUGGGGUACACGAUACGCUAUUACGAUCUCCUUUACCUGCGACCCUGACCACAGCAUCGGAGACCCAACAGGGACUUAA